UAAGUAAUUGACUAUAAUUAAAUAUCUGGUAUACAUGUAUGUAAUAUGGUAGAUGGAAUACAAUAUUAUUAUUAUACGUUAAUGGACUCGUAGAAAUAAUAUUGUCAAAUGUCAAAAUCAAAUGAUUAGGUACGUACGACGCAUCGACAUAUUAACUUAGUUAUCUAUUGGCUAUUACUAUAAGGUCUAUAAUACAUUAUAUUAAUAUAAUAAUAUUAUGUUCCAUUCUACUAAUUCGAGAAUAAUAAAAUUCGACCAUUUCCAGUUUUCUAUACUUGAAUAGCCAACAGCUUUCUACAGAUUCGAACGGCCUUGACACACUUUUUGGGCCCCCAAUAUUCUCAGUUAUCUACAGUAAUUCCCUUAUCAGUUAUCAGAUAAACAGAUCGAUUAGAUAAUUUUACAAUAAUUAUAUUGUAGUAUUACAAUAUUACCUGCCUACUUAUAUUUUUCACAUUCUUAUUAUUUUUUUUACGCCCAAAAUCUGCUUAAAAACUAUCUGGUAAUUUUCCUUGACAAUAGGGCUGAACGAUUUCCAUUACCUAUGGAGAACUCCACUGAAUCUGAGACGUUGCUCGACCAUGCAAGUAUUGGUAUCACAGAAGCUGACAAGCGUAUGAAUUCAGCGUUGAGCCUUAAAGAAUACUAUACUGUGUAUAUCAUUGAAACAAAAAUUGACAGUGAGACAUGGGCUGAAACGAAAGGAAUGCAAAAGUUGUCAUUGGCAACCCGACGAUAUACUGACUUUGUGACACUUCACAACCACUUGGGAGAUAAAUAUCCUUGGGUUGUCAUACCACCACUGCCAGAAAAGAAACAAUCUUUCAUGUGGAACAGUGAAGCUGUGUCUGAUACUAUGGACCCAGAUUUUGUUGAUAGAAGACGUGCAGGACUAGAGAGUUUUCUAAAGAGAAUAGCUGGCCAUUCUGAAAUAGGUUAUGACGAAUGUUUUCUUAAAUUUCUAGGCGAAUGUGAUAAUUGGAUGGAUCUAUCAAAACUACAUAACAAUAUUUUAAAAGAUACAGAGCUUACAAUUAAAACAAUGAAUGCAUCAUUGAGGGGUAGAAAUUCAGAUAAGCGGUUUGAAGCAAUUAAAACAUACAGCAAUAAAUUACAGGGUUCUAUAAAUAAGAUAUUAACAUAUCGAGCAAAACAAGCGGAGCGACUAUACAAUGUAGAUAUGAUACAUUUACACUAUGGUAGAAUUUUCAGUGAACUCAGUGCUGUGGAUAAUGAUGUUGGUGAUGCAGUUCAGAGAACAGGUCAUUAUAUGGACUCAAUUGCUUCAGCUAUUAGUCCAGCGUUGGAAGACGAAGAGGUUAUUAUGGACCAAUUAAAAGAGUACUUGGCUUUUACAAAUUCUCUCCAAACUUUUGUCAAAAACCAUGAUUCACUACAUUACAACUUAAAUCAGUUAAAUAAUAUGUCAAAUAGUAAAGAAACUAGUGGGAUAAUGUCCAGACUCUUUGGUUAUACUGCAGCUGCAGCUGAUCGUGAUACAGCAGCUAUAGAAGCUUUUGAAAAUAAAAAAAUAGAGGCCAAAGCAAAUUAUUCUGAGUUUGUUGAUAAAUCAUUAGAAAAUUAUAAAGAAUUUGAAAGACAAAAAGACUCAGAUCUUAUGAACAUUCUUAAAGAUUAUGUAGCAUUUCAAACUAAGUAUGCUCAAAAGGGGCUACAAACGUGGAAAAAUAUUUUACACAGCAUACAAAGUAUUGACUAAACCAUUGCAGCUUUUACAUAUCAUCAUUAUUUAAGUCAAUUAUUAAUCCAUUUUAUUCAUCAUUGUGUACCUAAACAGUCAUUUUUAUGUUUAUUUAAUACUGGGUCAUUCCAAUAUUGUUGAGAAUAAUAGUCUACUUAAAAUUUGAAACUGUGAAUGCUACUAUAGAAUCACUGAAAAAAAAAAUUAAGUAGGCGUUGUUCUAGUUCAUUAUAUUGUUAUUUAUUUUAUAAUUAAACCAUUAACCAUUUACAAAUUCAUCAAAGCACAUAAUAUUAUAUUAAAUUACAUUUUUUAUGCAAUUCGUUAGCUAAUUAACUUGUUAUUUAUCUGUACAUAGUAAUAUUAGAACCUUAAUGUGCCUAACUGAGAUUGGUAAAAACUCUAUAAAAUGUGUAUUAAUUCUUCAAUAUUUUUUUGUAAAAAUUAAAAUUGGUUAAAUGUGGAUGUAUUAAACAUUUAUGAUUGUCUAUUAAAAACAUUUGUUUUGAUAAUUUCUUUAUUAUCAAAUAUUAAAAUCGAAAGUUGUUACCAAAUGUAUAUGUAUAUUUAUUUAUUUAAUUAUAUUCUUAUUUAGAAACUAAAC